UCCUGUCCUUGGUACUGUCGGGUUUGGUUCGGGAUUGCAUGGCUGGGCCUUUACUCUGAAGCAGUUUGCUGAGAUGUACGUUGCAAAGUUUGCUGCCAAGGGUGAAGGUCAGCUGGGACCAGCUGAAAGGGCCAAAAAAGUGGAGGACAUGAUGAAGAAGUUGUGGGGUGACAGGUUUUUUGAUUCUACCAGUGGCAAGUUUAGCAAAUCUGCCACCAGCCCUGAGGGAAAAAAACUGCCCAGAACUUUCUGUCAACUCAUUUUGGAUCCCAUCUUCAAGGUUUUUGAUGCAAUUAUGAACUUCAAGAAAGAAGAUACCACUAAACUGAUUGAGAAGUUAGAUAUCAAGUUGGACAGUGAAGACAAGGACAAGGAGGAACCUCUUCUGAAGGUUGUGAUGAGACGCUGGUUACCUGCUGGAGAUGCUCUGCUUCAGAUGAUCACCAUUCACCUGCCUUCCCCUGUGACAGCUCAGAAAUACCGCUGUGAACUUCUGUAUGAAGGCCCUCCUGAUGAUGAGGCUGCUAUAGGUAUUAAGAGCUGUGAUCCUAAAGCCCCCUUAAUGAUGUACAUCUCUAAAAUGGUUCCAACCUCAGACAAGGGUCGCUUCUAUGCCUUUGGACGGGUCUUUUCUGGAGUUGUUUCCACUGGCCUGAAAGUCAGAAUUAUGGGACCAAAUUAUACUCCUGGCCGGAAAGAAGAUCUGUACUUGAAGCCAAUCCAAAGAACAAUUUUGAUGAUGGGCCGUUACGUCGAGCCUAUUGAAGAUGUGCCUUGCGGUAACAUUGUUGGUCUGGUUGGGGUGGAUCAAUUCCUUGUGAAGACUGGUACCAUCACCACUUUUGAGCAUGCCCAUAACAUGAGGGUAAUGAAGUUUAGUGUCAGUCCCGUGGUGAGAGUAGCUGUUGAAGCAAAGAACCCAGCUGAUUUGCCUAAACUGGUGGAAGGCCUCAAGCGUUUGGCCAAAUCUGAUCCUAUGGUUCAGUGUAUCAUUGAAGAGUCUGGAGAACAUAUUAUUGCUGGUGCUGGAGAGUUGCACCUGGAAAUCUGCCUCAAGGAUCUUGAAGAGGAUCAUGCAUGUAUUCCCAUUAAGGUAAACCCUUCCCUGAGUUACUUACUGCAGAGUAGCAAGGAAACUGAAUUUGUCUCUGGAAAUAUCAGCAUUACCAACCUCCAUGUGUUUUAUAAGGGAUCCAUUCUGCAUGUCACUAGUUUGGAGUUCAUGGAGCAACUGGCCCUGAAACACUGGACUCCUACAGAUAGAUAG